UAUAACAAAUAAUUUGAGGCAAGAUGGAUGAAGAAAACCCAUUCGCCGAUCCAGGCCAGGUCAAUCCAUUCAUGGAUCCAUCAGUUAUGCAGGUCUCUGCACAAUCUACCACGGUUGUAGCUGGUUUAGACGAUCCAUUCGGCGCUCCAUCGGAACCAGCAACAGUAUCUGUAGCUCCAGUGAUAACGCAGCCAUCUGCUCAGAUCACCCAGCCGGCAGUAGCCCCUGUCAGUUCUACUGGAUACGGUGCAGGGUACGGUGCUCCCGCACCUCCUACCUCUAGCUACGGUGGUGCAGGUUAUGGGUCAGGUGCUGCCUCUUUUAACUCUCAGCCUCCUAAACAGUAUGGCAACGAGGAGACCAUGCAUAAACAAGAAGAAAUAAAUACAGAAGUCCUCCAGCCAAAUGCUGAGAAAUUGGUGGAGAACGAGUUUCGUAAAAGAGAAGAGGAUCUGGAACGAAGAGAACGACAGCUGCGUGACGAACAGAAGCGUCUGGAAGAAGCGCGUGUGUACGGAGAUCGUGUUCCCAAUUUCCCACCACUACCCAAGUUUUUCCCGUGUACUCCCUGUGUGUAUCACAACAUUGACUUUGACAUUGCUCCUGAGCAUCAACUCAAUGUAAAACGAUGCUUCUAUCAUUGGCAGUUUACGGUGAUCUGCUACCUGCUUAACUUCAUUGUAUGUUUCGGUAUGAUCUGUGCACUGGGAACUAAAGCUGGGUCUGCGUUUGGUCUGUCGCUACUGUACGCGGGACUCUUCAUCCCUCUGUCAUUCCUGACUUGGUACAGGAUGCUUUAUAAUGCUGUCAGAUUAGAUAGCUCUAUGCGAUAUAUGCUGUUUUUCUUUAUGUAUGGAUUCCAAAUUUUCGUGAGCGGUAUUGCAGCUUUAGGGUUUAAUAGCGGCGGUUUCGCCGGUUGGAUCACAGCCUUCAAGACGAUGGAAGAUAACAAAGCCCUGGGUGUUCUAGGAAUACUCGUUAGCUUAGCGUGGUGCGCCAACUGCCUUAUUGCAGUCUAUCUCAUCAUGCAGAUUCAUAAGACCUACAGAACCACCGGGCAGAGCAUGGAGAAGGCGUCAGGAGAGUUCGCGGCGAGUGCCGGUAGCAACAGGAACGUGGCUCAAGCCGUCCUGAGAAGUCUCUGAACACGACACUUUAAUCUCUUGUGAUAUUAUUCUCACCCCCUCAACAACACUUUACUAAGUGACGUGUCACUGUACAGAUACUGAUAAUCGGCAGUUUGGAGCCGACUGAACUGUGGUACCCGUUAUGGAGUCAAUAAAUUUUUAGUAGCUAAUAUAGCUAAAAUGUUGUCCGUUCAGUCCAUUUUUGAAGUUAGUUGUACUCUACUGUAUCGUAUGUUUUUUCUCUUUUGAAUUUGAUAUCUUUCAAAUGUUUAAUAAUUUAUUCAUUGCACAGAAGAUUAAGUUCAGUUCACGAUUAAAAAAAUAGCAGAGCCCAUUUGUUGGGAGUAAUGGGAUUGUUAAAUUUCGAAUAAUGUAAAUUUUGUUUUGGUUGGAAAAAGUUGAGGCUCUUUAAAUUGUGAAUAAUGUUUGUUGCUAUGGACACGGUCAAUUUCCUGUCCGUGAUGUGUGUGAUAUAUAUCUAUUAUUGUGUCAAAAUGCUGGCGUUUAUUAACAUGAUUAAUUUCGAUAAUUUUGUUUAUUAGA